UCUUUGCUCAAACCCACAACAACAUUUCUGCACUGCUGUCUUCUUCAGCUGCACCACCGUCAUGCCAUCUCGACUCUACAGAAGUUCUCUCCCUACCAACCUCCUCUGGCUACUACUGGUAUUGCUCUCUCCUUUUCUUGUUCUUGUAACAGCAGCUUCACUAGGGUCCCAAGCGAGGGCUCUAUUACACUGGAAGUCCACCCUCCAAGGUGGGCAAUUGCUGGCAUCCUGGAACAUCGACUCUCGUCCUUGCAACUGGACUGGGGUUGCAUGCAGCGUCACACGUAAGGGCCGCUUGGUCAUCACCGACGUGCAUCUGCCAGAUAUGAGCUUAGCAGGGCCACUUGAUGCAUUUAAUUUUUCGUCGUUGGGAUCACUCGCCACUCUCAACCUCAGUUGCAACCGGCUCAAUGGAACUAUUCCCCCUGCCAUCGCCACCCUCUCGCAGCUGGCAACGCUUGAUCUCACUGGCAACCUGUUCGUGGGCAGAAUCCCGAUCGAGAUGGGCUCAAUGAAGGGGCUCCAAUUCUUAAGCCUGAGUCAAAAUCAAAUAAUGAGUUCGGUACCUCCAUCGUUGAGUAACCUUAGUGACCUUACGCACUUGGAUCUGCGACAAAAUAAGCUUAGGGGUGCCAUCCCUGGGGAGCUGGGGAGACUCGAGAAGUUAAGAUUUUUGGAACUUGGGGACAACCAACUAUCUGGCUCCAUUCCUCCCGGUUUAGGGAACCUGACAAGACUGUAUCACUUGGCUCUUUAUGAAAACCAGUUAACUGGAUCCAUCCCUCGACAAUUAGGAGAUUUAAGAGACUUGGUUUACUUUUCACUCUCUAAUAAUAGUCUAACUGGUACCCUUCUUUCUACCUUGGGAAACCUAACCAAGUUACAGUAUUUAUUCUCGUGGAGAAAUCAUCUUUCGGGUUUCAUCCCUUUUGAAAUUGGAAAUCUAAUUGAUGUUUUCAAUCUUGACCUCUCGAGCAAUAUGUUAACAGGUUCUAUCCCUUUCUCUUUGGGAAAUAUGAGCAAGUUGAAUAUCCUUCAUCUUUUUGACAAUGAGUUAUCGGGCUCUAUUCCUCCUCAGAUUGGAAAUCUAAUUGAUGUUUUCAAUCUUGACCUCUCGAGCAAUAUGUUAACAGGUUCUAUCCCUUUCUCUUUGGGAAAUAUGUGCAAGUUGAAUAUCCUUCAUCUUUAUGAGAAUAAAUUGUCAGACCCGAUACCUCCAUCUCUCGGUAACUUGAGGAAACUCACCGACCUUCGCUUAUUCACAAAUAGACUAUCUGGAGCGUUACCUUCGGAGAUGAACAACAUCAUAGGUUUGACAUCGCUUCAAUUGUCAAACAACAACUUCUCCGGUUAUUUGCCUCCAGACAUAUGCAAAGGAGGAGCCCUAUCAUACCUCGCAGUGAGCAACAACAGUUUCCAAGGUCCUAUCCCCAUGACCUUAAAGAAUUGUACGGGAUUAAGCAGGCUAUACCUUCAUCAUAACCAAUUCACAGGAGAUAUAUCUCACAAUUUAGGAGUCUAUCCGCAUCUUUGGUAUGUAGAUCUCAGCUUCAAUAGAUUGUCUGGUACACUCUCACCCGACUGGGGAAGUUGGCACAACCUGACAUGCCUAAAAAUCUCAAAUAACAACAUCACUGGAGUGAUACGGCCAGAGCUUGGGCACUUGUCGAACCUACAAAAACUGGACCUUUCCUCGAACCACCUGCAAGGAGAGAUCCCAAAGAGCUUGGGAAACCUGGCUCAUCUUUAUAACCUGAGCCUGAGCAACAAUCGACUUGUUGGAGAGGUACCAAUGGAGUUGGGAAGGAUGUCAAAUCUUCAACUUCUUGAUUUGUCGAGAAACGGAUUGACAGGAAGGAUACCGUAUCAAAUCGGCACUUGCAUGAAACUCCAACUUCUGAAGCUGAACAACAACAAUCUCAGUGGAAGCAUCCCUUUGGAGAUCGGCAAUCUGGUGCACCUUCAAGAAGCGCUCGACCUCGGCCACAACUCACUGACAGGGGAGAUACCGUCGCAACUCGGCAAGUUGUCGAUGUUGCAGCAUUUGAAUCUGUCGCACAAUGGCUUCACCGGUGGCCUUCCAUCAUCUUUGAAGGACAUGGUUAGCUUGUCCGUCAUAGAUGUAUCACACAACGAAUUGGAGGGGCCUGUGCCUGAUAGCCCGUUUUUCCGUAAAGCUCCACUGGAGUGGUUCCUCCACAACAAAGGCUUGUGCGGGGUCGUCAAAGGCUUGCCUCCAUGUGUUUCAUCCGCUACGAGAAGAAAUGAUGAAAGCAAGCACCACAAAGUAGUCGUUAUCUUAGCUAUCACUGCUUCCAUGGUCUUCAUUCUUCUAUCACUCAUGAUCGUUGGAGCUGCCUUGCAAUUCCGAAAGAGGAAGAAACAGUCGCUACCUGUUCAAGAUAACGGCAACAGAGAAGGUGCAUUCUGCAUACUGAGUUUUGACGGAAGAUACGCGUACAAGGACAUCAUUGAAGCCACAGAAGAUUUCAAGGACAAAUACUGUAUCGGAACUGGUGCUUGUGGCAGUGUUUAUAGAGCCGAAUUAACUAGCGGCAAGGUGCUAGCAGUGAAGAAAAUUCACCUACAGGAGAUCGAGGAUACAUCGAAUGAGAUACCCUUUCAAAACGAAAUACAAACACUCACUCGAAUUCGGCAUCGGAACAUCGUCAAGCUCUACGGAUUCUGCUCCUCUACUCGGCACAAGUUUCUGGUGUACGAGUAUAUGGAGAGAGGAAGUCUGGGAUCCAUCCUCAGAAGCGAAGCUGCAGCAGCUGAACUGGACUGGGUGAAGAGGGUGGAUGUUGUCAAGGAUGUGGCUCGUGCUCUCUCCUACAUGCAUCAUGAUUGCGACCAACCCAUCGUUCAUCGGGAUAUAACCAGCAACAAUAUUCUGCUCGAUUCAGAAUUCAAGGCUUGUGUUUCUGACUUCGGCAUCGCUCGACUCCUGCAGCCGGAUUCAUCGAAUUGGAGCAUGAUUGCUGGCACGCAUGGUUACUUAGCACCUGAGCUUGCUUACAGAAUGAGAGUGACCACCCAAUGCGAUGUGUACAGUUUCGGAGUGGUCACGCUUGAGUUGCUGAUGGGAACUUAUCCGGGAGAGUUCAUCUCUGUUCUUCCUUCUUCCGCCGCCCAAAGCAGCUCUGUGAAAACUAUAUUAGACCAGCGCGUACCGCUUCCUACUGCCGAAGCUGCGGAUGAAGUGGUUGCAGUGUUAAGGUUGGCAAUUCGCUGCGUGGACGACAACCCAGAAACCCGGCCAACGAUGAAGCACAUCUUCUACAAGUUGUCGACACCGAAGACGCACCCAAACCUCCCAUCUCUUGAUUCCUUGAAGCUUUCAGACUUGAGGAAUGGUGAAAGAUGAUCGAUCCAGUGGACUUCUCUUCCAUCGGUUGCGUCUCAUACUGACUGAUGUCUUAAACGUUUGAUCUUUCUCGUCAUGGUUAUGUAGUCGAGCAUCAUUUUGCUUCACUGUUUUAUCCAUUACAUUUGAUGUUGUAAUAGAUUUAGCUUCGUCGAUGUAAAAACCCCGACCCAGGAAAAUUGGAGAUGCUACAACCUUGCAAUCCUAUAGGUUUUCAUGUACCAAUGUAAUGCCUCAAUCGAAAUAAAUAAUUUUCACAGAAUAAUUAUCACGUAAUUCAA